GUCUGUUAGAAAAACAAACAUUCCAUGAGACAGAUGGUGACACCAUCACUGAUGUUGAUUUGACCAAUGUGAUUUCUGAAGAAGAGCGAGAAGAAUUAAAAGUUGAAGUAAUCCAGCUUGAGGAUGAAAUUGCAACUUUACGCCAAGUUUUAGCAGCCAAAGAGAAGCACCUUAUGGAAAUAAAGCAAAAACUGGGCAUCAAUCUGGUGAAUGAGCUGAAGCAGAACUUCAGCAAAAGCUGGCAUGAUGUUCAAACUACUACCGCGUACAAGAAGACCCAAGAAACUCUGACUCAAGCAGGGCAAAAGGCCACAGCAGCUAUCAGCAACGUUGGAACAGUUAUCAGCAAGAAGUUUGGAGAUAUGAGGUCACAUUCCCUUGGGUAUUCUAUCCGCCACUCCAUGAGUAUGCCUGCUAUGAGGAAUUCUCCUACAUUCAAAUCCUUUGAAGAAAAAGUUGAGACCACUGUUACAAGCAUUAAGACAAAAGUUGGAGGUACACCCCACCCUGGAGGAAGCUUUGAAGAAAUUCUUAGCUCUGCGGCCAAUGCUAGUGCUCGGAGCCCCGUUGCAGGAAGCCGACUUUCAGAAACUGAAGACGAGCUUCACUGCUAGGUGAGGGAUUUCUUUGCCCUGCUGUUUGCAUAUGACCGAUGCACGAAAUGUUUCUUUUCUCUCCAGGGCUGAGUCUGAAGUUGUAGGACAGCACUGAGACUAUACCUACGCAGUACUAGGCAGAGAUUGGCUGGGAUGCAACCAAAUGGCCGCUAGUGCUGCAGAAGUAACUGCUAGCUGUCCUUCUAUAUUACCCAUUUUAUUCUAUUUAUGCUUAUAAGUGAUUUUACAUCGUAACUUCUACACUAUACAAUUGUGUCAAUUUUUAAAAUGGCAUGUAUCAUCUUAAGAAAUUUGUUCAUGUAUGUUUUUCUAAUGAAUUUCAAAAAAUAAGAUCAGAUUAUUGUUCAAGUUAUUUCUCUAUUCUGUUUUUCCUGGCGUAAAUAACAAAGCUGUUUUUGCCUGUUUUCUGUUUAUGUGCCUGUUUCUGACUGUUAAAAACAAAUCAGCCUCUUCAUUAUGAUAUGUGCCAUUGGAAUGAGGACUGGAACCAAAAACAAUUAUGUCACAAAGUUUUCUGUCUAAAGAAGCAAUGAUAUACAUGCCUUUAGUACAAAGUACUGAAGAAAUAUAAAAAAAACAUGAGAUAAUUUUGGUAUAGUCAAUCAGUAAAGUUUGGUCUAUAUAAACAGUUCCAAUUUCCUUGCAAACGUGGCAUGUACCAAUUUAAUCUGAUAACAAUCUGAACCAGAUUAUAUCCUUGCUUGCCUGCAAUUGUUUGAAUUGUAAUAAUAUUUUUCUAUCUUUUCCAUUGGAGUAAAAUAAGUGUGCCUAUCCGACAGACCUGAGCAUAUUUAGACUUUUUAAAGAGAAUAUUUAAAAUUUCAAUUCUUAAUAUAGGGCUGGACCUUUGAAGUAUGUUAAAAAAAAUAAUAAAUCUUGUAAUGCAUGACUUCUGAACCUAACAAAAAACUGAUAUCUAAAAGAUAUGGAGCUCAAUUAAAUUUAUGAAGCAUUAU